AAAGUGCAGGUAUGUCAGGAAGACAGAGAGAUCACCGUCCUGCCGAGGAGGACGACGGACGAACUGGACGAGCAGAUAAAGAUGGCCGACUCCUGCUGCUCGUCUUGUAUCCGAUUGAAGAACAAAUGUCCCCGUCCUCGAGGCCUCCUCAACCUCGUCAUCACAAAAGGGUGUGUGUUCGCCCUGCUCUUCGGGGUGGUGUGGUCUAUAACAGGAAGUGAGUGUUUACCUGGAGGAAACCUCUUUGGACUCGUGGUUCUGUUCCUCUGCUCGGUGCUCGGGGGGAAGCUGGUUGGUUUGAUCCAGCUGCCCACGCUCCCCCCCUUCCCUCCUCUACUUGGCAUGCUGCUGGCCGGCCUGCUGCUGCGUAACGUCCCGUACGUCACGGACGCCGUUUACAUCGACACUCACUGGUCUGCAGCGCUGAGGAACAUCGCGCUGGCAGUCAUCCUGACCCGAGCCGGACUGGGCCUGGACCCCUCGGCGUUGAGUCGCCUGAAGGCGGUGUGUGUGCGUCUGGCGGUCGGCCCCUGCGUGGUGGAGGCCUCCGUCGUGGCCGUGGUUUCUCACUUCCUGUUGGGGCUUCCCUGGGUGUGGGGCUUCAUCCUGGGUUUCGUCCUGGCUGCGGUGUCCCCGGCGGUCGUGGUCCCCUCCAUGUUGCUGCUGCAGAGGGAAGGAUUGGGCGUGGAGAAGGGAAUCCCAACCCUCCUGAUGGCUGCUGGAAGUUUUGACGAUAUUCUGGCCAUAACUGGGUUCUCCACCUGUCUGGGAAUCACCUUCUCCACAGGGGCCAUGUGGAUGAACAUCCUGAAGGGUCUGCUGGAGGUGGUGGGGGGGGUCAUAGCCGGGCUGAUCCUGGGUCUGUUCCUCUGCUGCUUCCCCAGCAACGACCAGGAGGACCUGGUUCUGACGAGGACUAUCCUGCUGUUGGGUCUCUCCAUAUUUUCGGUGUUCUUCAGCCACGUUAUUGGUUUUGCCGGCGCUGGCGGUCUCUCCACGCUGGUGCUGGCCUUUCUGGCUGCUCUGGGCUGGAAAACCGAAAAGGCUCCGGUGGCGGCCAUGGUGGGUCGGUCCUGGGAUGUUUUCCAGCCGCUUCUCUUUGGUCUGAUUGGAGCAGAGAUCAGAAUAGCAAGCCUCAGCCCGAGCACCGUGGGUCUGGGUCUGGCCUGCAUCAGCAUUGGUCUGGUGAUCCGUCUGCUCGUCACCUUCGCGCUGGUUCACUUCGCAGGAUUCAACCUGAAGGAGAAAAUCUUCAUCUCUGUGGCCUGGCUGCCAAAAGCCACCGUACAGGCUGCUAUUGGCUCCAAAGCGUUGGACAUGGCGAGGGAGGAGGGUGACGAGACCUUGAUUAAGUUUGGUUUGGACGUGCUAACGUUAGCCGUGUUAGCAAUCCUGGUAACAGCGCCCAUCGGAGCGCUUGGUAUCGGGCUGGCAGGACCACGCCUCCUGGACCGACAGGUCAAAGAUGAUGCAGAAGGCGGAGCCACAGAUCCAAGCCGCAACAUGAUUGGUCAAGAAAAAGUCAACACGGCCCUCGAGAGCAAGCUAUGAGGCCUCUGAUUGGACAAACUGCAGAAAACUAUUUUAUAUUUCUUAUAUUCAAACCUUCUUCAGGUUCAUAUAUACUUGUAAACAUUUAUAUACUGUAUGUUACUUUCAUGCUAGUUUUUACUAGCUAUGUAAGCGUUAGCUUGGCUGUAUAUGACGCAACGACUGCAGAAGCUAAUUUAUUAACAUUUUCGAACCGACGACAAGUUAGUAACUAUCAAAAGAAGUUGUCAACAUAAGGAGAUACAAUGCAUAAACUGUUUUUAUAUGUAACACUUAGCUUUUUGGUAUAGUUACUAUUCAUCAGUUUUUGUUAUUGUAUGUUGGAUAGACGUUCUUACGAAGUCUUGUACAAAGUUGUCCGACCACGCCUAAAGUCUGUUUCUCGUUUUCUCUUAUAUCAUUUAAACAUGGAGAUACGGGAAUUUAUUUUCAGAUAUUUGUAUUGACGUAGCACUCUCUUGUUCAUAAGGAAAAGUUACCGAAAUAUUUGUAUGAUGAAUGAUAAAAGAUAAGGCGAGAGGCGUUCAAACCCAGCAUCCAAAAAUGGGUGUUUCAGACACUUUUAACGAUCCAACAAGCACUCCUGUUGGUGUUAUCGGGCGCUAAUGGUAAUUAGCUGAGCAGGUACUUUAGUUAGCGGGCUAAUGGUAAUUAGCUGAGCAGGUACUUUAGUUAGCGGGCUAAUGGUAAUUAGCUGAGCAGGUACUUUAGUUAGUGGGCUAAUGGUAAUUAGCUGAGCAGGUACUUUAGUUAGCGGGCUAACGCGUUGACAUUAUUUAAGCAUACAAUCAGUCAGAACUGGAUUAAUGAGGGAAUAUUUUACGUGGAAGCAGAAAUUAAUCAAUCUAAUCUAAUUCUAUGAAUUGCUUCCAAUAUUAUUGUAAUUUUGAGAUAAUCUUUCAGGAAUUAUUGAAAUAAACUGU